GGUCAUGUUCCCCCACGCGCGCUCGUCCAGGAAGACGCACCUGCACUUGAUCUGACAGAGGACGAGCCACCCACUAGACGACGCACACAUCCUGAAACCUCAGAAACUCCGGAGCAGUGGCAGAGACACAGGGAACGGAUGAAAGAGAGAUUUCCAGAGGGAUGGCACCCAACACGCAAAUUAUCGCGGGAAGCCAUGGAGGCACUUCGGUCACUUCAUGCAUUGGAUAAAGGGACGUUCACUACUCCGGUACUGGCAAACAAAUUCAAAAUAAGCCCCGAGGCCGUUCGGCGCAUUUUACGGAGCAAGUGGGAGCCGUCGAAAGAGAAGCGAGCGAAACUGGCGGAUAGGGAGCGGAGAGAUAGGGAAGAACGGAUAUUA